GCGCAAUCUCGGCAAAGACGCUGCGCAUGAGCCUGUGUUCCAGGACGAUCUGCACGGCCCGGGGGCAAGCAAGUGCUUCCCCCUCUUCCCGGGCUAUUGGCCCGAUAAACGGCACCACUCCUUCGUUGAUUCCAACUUUUUGCCAUCCCUUGGAGCCAAGGAGCGCAAGGUCCGUGAAUUGUUUGAGAAAGAAUUCACCCCCGACCUGCGACUCAAGCAUGGGGUGGAAAAGGUUGCCGUGUCCCAGCAGUUCCACCACAGUGUUGAGGUGUCCGACAAGGAUUACCGGUGGGGAAUGCGGAAUUCGGUCAACAAGCUCCAGGCAACGAUCCUGGGCUGGGAGGAGUAA